CUCUCUCAUUCUCACUCUCACUCUCACUCUAAAAGAUAUUUGUUGGCCGACCCUCCUUCACACUUUUUUGCUGACAUGUGUUCUUCGCCACAGCCAUAGCCAUCGCCCCCUUUAUUAAAGAGAGAAAGAAUCAACACACCCAUACCCAUUCCCAUACCCAAAUCUGAUAAGAUUCCAGACAUGGCUUCCUUGCAAACAAGUUUGGCUUCAGCUGUUUGCAACAACAGAAACCAUUCGACUUUGCCGAAAUUUCUGAGCAGCUCUUUCUUUCGGGGGAUUGAUGUGACUGCUCAUGUCUCUACCAUUCAAAGAAAGGGUAUGAUGAUUCCCUCUGCCUUUUCCGGCCCGAAAGCUACUCUCACGUUCGAUCCCCCGGCUGAUAACAAAGAGAGGGUUAAGCAACAGAAGCACACUGCUGAUCCUAGUGCUCCUGAUUUCCUUCCACUUCCUUCCUUUGAAGAAUGCUUCCCCAAAAGCACAAAAGAAUACAUGGAAGUUGUACACGAGCAAUCAGGUCAUCUGCUGAGAGUUCCCUUUCGUCGAAUUCACCUUUCUGGAGACGAGCCUCAUUUUGACGCCUAUGAUACCAGCGGCCCGCAAAACAUCAACCCACUUGUUGGGUUGCCCAAAUUGAGGAAGGAAUGGAUUGAAAAACGAGAAAAAUUGGGUGGACCUAGGUAUACUCAGAUGUACUAUGCUAAACAAGGAAUGAUUACCGAGGAGAUGGCCUUCUGUGCAGCUCGGGAAAAGCUUGACCCCGAGUUUGUGAGGUCCGAGGUUGCUCGUGGUCGUGCAAUCAUACCCUCAAACAAGAGGCACCUAGAGCUGGAACCAAUGAUAGUGGGGCGAAAUUUCCUGGUGAAAGUAAAUGCUAACAUUGGGAACUCCAUUGUCGUGAGCUCAAUUGAGGAAGAAGUCCACAAGGUUCGAUGGGCGACAAUGUGGGGCGCUGACACUGCCAUGGAUCUCUCCACUGGGCAUCACAUCCAUGAGACUCGUGAGUGGAUCCUGCGAAAUUCUGCUGUUCCCAUAGGAACUGUGCCUAUCUAUCAAGCCCUGGAAAAGGUGAAUGGCAUUGCCGAGAACCUUAGUUGGGAAAUUUUCAGGGACACAUUGAUCGAGCAAGCCGAGCAGGGUGUAGAUUACUUCACUAUCCAUGCUGGUGUACUGCUCCGGUACAUCCCAUUAACAGCUAAGCGAAUGACUGGCAUUGUUUCUCGUGGUGGAUCGAUUCAUGCAAAAUGGUGCUUGGCUUAUCACAAAGAGAACUUUGCAUAUGAGCAUUGGGACGAUAUCUUAGAUAUUUGCAACCAGUACGAUGUAUCACUGUCCAUUGGAGAUGGAUUGAGGCCUGGAUCUAUAUAUGAUGCAAAUGAUACAGCUCAGUUUGCCGAACUCUUGACCCAAGGAGAAUUGACCCGUCGAGCUUGGGAAAAAGAUGUGCAGGUGAUGAAUGAAGGGCCAGGUCAUGUUCCGAUGCACAAGAUUCCCGAGAACAUGCAGAAACAGCUGGAGUGGUGCAAUGAAGCUCCUUUCUACACACUCGGACCUUUGACAACUGAUAUCGCCCCAGGAUAUGAUCACAUCACCUCAGCUAUCGGCGCUGCCAACAUUGGGGCACUCGGCACUGCGCUUCUCUGUUACGUGACUCCAAAAGAACAUCUCGGUUUGCCUAACAGAGACGACGUAAAGACCGGCGUAAUAUCAUACAAGAUAGCCGCACAUGCUGCUGAUCUGGCGAAGCGCCACCCCCAUGCACAGGCUUGGGAUGAUGCGCUCAGUAAGGCGCGGUUCGAGUUCCGGUGGAUGGAUCAAUUUGCACUCUCGUUGGACCCAAUGACUGCCAUGUCCUUUCACGAUGAAACUCUGCCAUCUGAUGGUGCUAAAGUAGCCCAUUUCUGCUCCAUGUGCGGUCCAAAGUUCUGUUCGAUGAAGAUAACCGAGGAUGUAAGAAAAUAUGCUGAAGAACACGGUUACGGGACUGCUGAGGAAGCAGUGCAGCAGGGUAUGGAAGCUAUGAGUGCUGAAUUUUUAGCAGCUAAGAAAACCAUCAGCGGGGAACAGCAUGGUGAGGUCGGAGGCGAAAUCUACCUGCCUGAGGAUUAUAUAAAAUCGAGGAACAGCUAAAGGCGUAUCUAUGAGGUGACUUUACGACAUGGCUUGGAACCACCUGCAGUAUGCUACAUUCGAAGCCUCUCCUGCGAGCAAUAGGUGAGUAAGAAAUAAAUAUCUUCCAAUGUGUCGAACUUCUAAUUUAGAGAAACAUGUUUAUGUGGUUGUGGUGGACUUGAAUGGAUCGAUGAAUCAUGAAAACCUUUGUUAUAUAUAUAUAUAUAUAUAUAUUGUAGUGUGGUUUUUUCUCGAGUAAAAUUUUCCUGAAUCCGUUGAUUAAUGAGAAUUUGCACCGGGGGUGUCUGCAUCUGCUCAGCAGCGGAUCGGCAGGCUGAGAAAGUCCCUUUGAACCUGAACAGGAUAAUUCCUGCGUAGGGAGCGUGCAUAUUUGGUUUUUUUUGUUCUUUCUGUGAUUACACAGGAUGCCCGGAGAUCCUUCCUUCUUCCUCGGCACUUUGUCCCAGCUUGCAUGCAUUUGGUGCUCUUUGGCAGCUUCAUUUGUUUGUGUUGGUUAUUAAGGUAAUCUUCACCGGUGAGAAGCUUCUACUUAUUGGCGAAAAGCUAUAAUAAUGUCCAUGAUUAAAGCUAAGAAUCGAUAUUAUCACGAAGCCUUUUUUAAGUUUAAGCUUUGAUCGAGUAGCCGUGCAUAUAGUGUUUUGAAAAUUUUCGAUGAACUUACUUUUAGUUUUGUUUCUAAAUAUAUGUGCACUUGAUCGAUCGAGGUUGGAUCCA